CACCGGAAACAAGCAGCCUGGUGUUGCACCGAAGUCUGUUCAGUCAACAUGGCCGGUGCUGUGUGUGCCAGAUUCCUCCUUCAGAGAUCAACACACGGACUUCUCCUCUCCUCCAGGCCGGUACCUGCCUUCUCCAGCCCAUUUCUCUCUCGUGCACAUCGAUUAAGUCCCAGUGAUGAUGAAAUGUACCAGCGCACCUCAGUGUCCAUCAUGCAGAAGGAGCUGGACGGUGGGGUCAUGAUCCACAGCUACAGUUCUCAAGGAUUCAACAUUGAUGGCAACAAAGUGUUCGGGCCCUGCGCUGUGCUGCCUCCUGCUAUCCUCCAGUGGAACGUUGGUAGUUACAAAGACAUCACAGAAGAAAGUGUCUCACUUUUCCACAUGCUUGAACCAAGAAUAGAGAUUCUUGUGCUGGGCACGGGCGCACGGCUUGAACGAAUUAACCCCUCCGUCCUCGCUCUACUCAAGAAAAAAGGCAUCGCUGUGGAGGUGCAAGACACGCCAAAUGCAUGUGCUACCUUCAACUUCCUGACAAGUGAGCGAAGAGUGGCAGCUGCUGGUCUGAUCCCCCCACCCGUCAGCACGGCACUGGAUGUGACACAGGAAUAAGUGUCGUGAUGUUGACAGACACUGUGACUGAUUUCUGCAGAUGGAGGUCAGAGGUCAAUGAAUGAUCUCAGGACCUGCAGGAUGGUUGUUUUAUUCUGGCACGUAACUUCCAGGAACAAACUCAGUGACUUCUAGCUAACCGUCGCUAUAUUUGGUUACAACUGUUUAUUUUUUUUGUGGAGUUUAAGGUGUUAAAAGCAGCUGUCGUCACGCAGCUAUGUCAGCAGAGAGCUGAAAUGGUGACAGACACAAACACCACCAGUGUUUGUGCCUGUCACCAUUUCAGUCAGCACAAAAAAUGUCUACAAGAGCUCAUGUAAAUGUAGUCAAGUCAGCACAUCCAUGAUGGAGAACUAGACUGUAAUAAAGCGUAACAGUAUUCUUGUGUAGAUCCUGUGUUACUUGUAUAAUAUAUAUAUAUAUUUAAAAGCUUCACAUGCAACACACAACUGUAAAAGAAUGAAAUAAAUGCAUAAAAACACCUACAUUAAAUAUUUAUUAUUU